AUGGCGGACAGCAUUUUGUUUGAAGACAUAUUCACGCUCACCGAGAUGGACGUGGGCGGCAAGAAGUUCGACAAAGUGUCGCGCGUGGAGGCGCGCAGCGAGCAGUUUGACAUGGCGCUGUCGCUGGACGUGAACACGGAAGUGUACCCGCUGGCCGCGGGCGACAAGUUCACCCUCGCGCUCUCGCCCACGCUCAGCCUCGAAGGCGUCUCAGACGAAGGCGUGUACGACCAGUCGGGCCGUCGCUCACUGAUGGACCGCUACGAGUAUGUGAUGUACGGCAAGCUCUACAAGUACAGCGACGCCACCGCCACCGCCUGCCGACGCGGGGAGGAACAAGACCAAGACGAGUGGGGAGAGGAGCAAGGUAGGGGUAGGAGAGACGGAAGACGUGUAGGAGGAGGAGAGACGGUGGGUCGUGAGAUGGAGGAGGUGGUGCCGAGAGGCGUCAAACGAGGCCAGUCCGAUUCCCGCGACGCUCGCGGCGACCGGCAGCCUGGCGCGUGCGACGAUGCGUCGCUCACCACAGCUGCUGCGACGGGUAACCACAUGCCGAAUAGCGACAUCGGUAGCGGUCUAACGAUGCUCUCCCCGAACGAUCAAUCACGAGCGCAGGCGAUAGCGUUUGGUUCCAUUGCAGGCAUGGCGGCGGGCUCGAGCGCGUCAGGGAGUGCAGUGAGCGCGUCAGGGGGAAGUGCACUGAGCGUGGGCCAAAACGGCCGGAUGAAGCGACGGAGAGGCGACGUUGGAACGCCUCUUGAUGCCGCAGCAGUAGGCGCGUGCAGUGGGGUUCGGCAAGCUGACCGCGCGGGUUCGAAUCUCGGCGUCAGCAGCGGCAGUGGCGAAGGCUCGGCAGCAGCUGGUGCGAGCUGCGAGGAGCGCGCUCGACUGGCAGCGCAAGCAGGUGGCUCCGGCGGUCAUGCCGCGGGCGCCGCUGCAGAGAUGGAUUCAGCCGUCGCGGCUGUUGCUGCCGCGGGUGCUCCCCCGCGCCCUGCCGUCGCGCUGGCGGCUGCUGCUGUUGCACACGCCGCUGGGACGACGGAUGAGGCUGCUGGGGUUGCUGGUAGUGGCGCUGGUUCUGGAACCACUGGCGCUUCCAUCCCUGCUGCUGCCGCUGCAGUGGGGCGUGCUACAGCCUGCGCGCGUGAAGGUUCUGCCGUCCCCUGUGCUGAGACGGCAGCACACACCAGCGGUAGCGCUGCUCGCCUCGCUGCCGAGCCUGCUCUCCCUGCUGCACCCGCCGCUGCCACUCCUGCUGCUGCUGCAGGACAGGCGCUGCAAGGAGCGGUGGCGAUUGUGGGUGGCGCCGCAAGCAGUGCUGCGCGCGAGCGUGCAGGAGGGGGCGCAGCGCAAGGGGGGCCCAGUGCAGGAGCGGAGAGAGCAGGGGGGAGCGGAGGAGAGGGGGGUGGGGGAGCGGGUGGGGACGAGGAGGUGGCGCGGGCGGCACAGCUGGCGGAGGACGAGCGGCUGGCGAGGGAGCUGCAGCGCGCAUUCGAGGAGGAGAGCAGCAUCCCGUUCGUGAGUGCUCCGUGCAUGGCAUGGCAUGGCAUGUCCAAGGAUCAAAAAUACGACCGAAAUAUUGAUUUUAGGGCCCUGAAGGCGGACUCUGAGGACCUGCUGCGGCCGGUGAAGGAGAGCUGGAAGACCAGCGGGUGCUCGCUCUCCGUCGAUGGAUGGACGGACAUCAAAUCCCGCGGUUUUGUGUGUGUCAUCGCGCAAAAUGACACCGCACCCGUCAUCGUCGACAUCGUUGACUCGAAGACCGUUGUGAUGAUGAUCAAAGGCUCCGCCUCGGCCGUGGUCUUGUUCCGUGAGCUUUUUACCAAGCUCUCGUUGGUGCGGCCUGGUGCAACGAGAUUUGGCACCCAGGUCAUCAUGCUCGGCAGGUUCCUUGAGGUGAAGCGCGCGUUGAGGGCGAUGGUAAUCAGCGAGGAAUGGGAGGAUGUAGCGGUGGCACGGACGGAGGAGGGGAUGGAGGUUAGGAAGCUGCUUUUGGACGACGUUUUUUGGGACUGUGGGACGGCCGUGCAUCGCCUCAUGACUCCCAUCUACGAGGUUCUCCGCGCCGUCGACACACGGGCUCAAGUCAUGGGGCAGCUGUACGGCCUCAUGCUUGAAGCCACGUACAUUGGGGAGGUAAGGAAUGACAAGGAGAUUAGGAAGGGGGUGGAUGAGGUAAUCCAGGCCCGGGGCGGAGAUGUGCAGCAGCGCAUAACGCUAGCUGCACAGGUGGCUCAGUUUCACCGAGGGGAGGGCAGGUUGGGCUCUGACGAUGCCCGUUGGGCAGCAACUACCUUGGUGGAGGCGGGGCGCAUGACGGAGGCGGAAUGGUGGUUCCUGUUUGGUGGGGAGGUGCAGGCGCUCCAAGACCUGGCUGUGACGUCUUUGUCACAGCCAGUCACCUCCUCCGAAGUGGAGAGGUACUGGUCGGCGCUGACACGUGUGCAGAGGCGCGACCGAAACCGCCUCACGGCGAAGAAGAUGACUGACGUCACCUUCGUCGCCUUCACCCGGCGGGCCCGUGAUGCCUUUGAUCGAAAGGCAGCCCUGCGUUCCAAGCUCUAUCAGGACCUGGGCAACGGCACCCUCAGGGAAGGGGCUGCCAUCAUCCCGGCCGAAGUGGAGGGGCGGGGACUGGCGACGGACUACCAGCUGGCGAUGCUGCUGCAGGCGGAGGAGACGCAGCACCUGCGCUCCCGCGUGCUCCGCUCCUCCCACGCCCCUCGUGGCCCCGCCCGGCCGCCACCUCGCCCGCACGCCCGCCCGGAUGCACGUCAACACGCAGGGCAGGGCACAAGGCAGGGCGAGGGGCAAAGUGCACGGCAAGGGGUGGGGCAAGAUGCAGGGCAGCAAGCACGCGGGCACAGCGGACAGCACACGGGCGAGCGCCCCUCCCUUGCCCCCUCUGCUGCCUCUGCUCCGUGCACGCUUGCUGCGCAGGCUGGGGGGGCUGCCGACGCUGCCAGUGGGCUAGCAGGGAGGGGCGUGGUGGAAGGCGUGGAAGGGGGCGAGGAGGACGGUGGUGGUGCGCAGAGGAGGGCAGAGCACAGGGAGAGGGAGGUGGCGGGGAGUGAGGUGGUGGUGAGAGUAGCGGGGGGUGAUUCUGCAGGGGCUGCUGGCGGAAGCACUGGUGCUGGCAGCGCAGGUGCUUUUGGUGUGAUUGGCAGCACUGCCGGUGGCACUGGUGGUGGUGGUAUUGCAGGUGCACUCAACCCCCCCGUGGCUGCAGUGCCACCUGCCCCCCUGAGACCACUGGAAGCUGCCCGUUUGGCUCGGCCGAGCAUGGCAGCACCUGCAGAACGUGCCACGUCAGCAUCAGCCGGCAGUGCCACGUCAGCACUAACAAGCUACGGGCGAUGGCUGAGGAGAGAGGCGAUGGCCGAAACAGUGGCAGCGGCAACAGCGCUGCGCAGUCAGCAGCAGCGAGCUGGGGGAUUCGGGGCAGGCGGAUUGGGGGAGGGCAUGAGUGCGUGGGAGAUGCAGCAGGAGGCGCAAGACGCGGCUGACUUCAGAGUGCUGCUGCGUGUGGAUGGCGUCCUGCCGAGACAAUCUGCUCGGCGCCUACAGCCUUCGAGGGCGCAGACUGCUGGAGCUGCGCGAGAAGCAUCUGAACAAGCACCUGAAGAAGCACCUGAACGAGCACCUGAACAAGCAACUGAACAAGCACCUGAAGAAAUACCAGGACAAGCACCUGAACAAACGCCCGAGGAGGGGAGACGUGAAGGGCCCAUUGCGGAGGCAGCUGCAGCUACAGAUGGGGCUGUGGCAACAGGUGGAGGGGUCGCACCCUGGGAGGCGGAGGUGAGAGAGGAAGAGGAGGCGGAAGAGGAGGAUGAGGAUGAGGAUGAGGAAGUGGAUGAGGAAGUGGAUGAGGAGAUCGAGAUGGUGGAGCUUGAUGGGUCGAGGCUGGAUAUGGGGCUGCUGGAAGGCAGUGCAGGCGAGGAAGCUUAUAUGGAGGAUAUGAUGGAUGGGGGCCAUGAGUGGCAUGAGGUGGAUGAGGAAGCGCUGAACGAGGUGGAUGACGCGUUUGACUUUGACGUUGCUCUGGGGGACGCCACCCCCCGCGUGGAUCACAUACCCCCUCCUGCCGCCUUGCCUGGCGGUGACGGCGCUCUGCCUGUGGGGGUGCAUGGGGGGCAAAGGGGGCACGGAGGGCAUGGAGGGCAUGGAGGGCGCGAGUGGGGGCAGGCCAGGAGAGGGGUGCCGUGGUUCCCUGGCAGGCUUGUGGAGGAGGCGGAGCAGUGGCAGGCGCGCGUGGCACGGCGGUGGGGGCAGGCAGGGGGACCGGCUGGGGCUGGCGAGCAGUCAAUGGGGGUUGCUGCUGGCAGAGGGGGAGGAGAGGGUGCUGGGAUGCCGGGCAUGGGUGCUGUGAGUCUAGGGGCGGGGCACGAGACAGCAGAGGCAGAGGCAGAGGCAGAGGCAGGCACUGGUGUGAUGCCCACAGCCUCUGAGCUGCCCUCUCCAUCGGCUGAUCACGCUGCUGCCCCUUCCUCACCCUCUUUCCGCAAUCUCCCCUCCUCCCCCGCCUCACCUUCCCUCCGCAACCUCCCCUCCUCGCCCGCCUCUCCCUCUUUCCGCAACUUCCCCUCCCCUCCGCACUCGCCCCCCACGCACGGCCCGCUGCAGCGUGGGAGAGCCGGGCUGCAUGCGGCGCCCCACGCUCAUGCCAUGGGCGCCGGCGGGCGCGAUAGGAGGCAGGGCGAGGGGGGUGCCAUGGAUGCUGCUGGGGGUGGUGGAGGGGGCGCAGGGGCCAGCAGUGCAUUCUCCUUCGGCACACCGGCUGAGUCCACCGCCUCUGUGGGCAUGUGCAUGCACAGGAGGGGGUUUGUGCGCGCAUCGCAACUGCACGCCACCCCGGCCCUCACCACACGCCCCUCCUCUCCACCUCCUCCCGCUGCUGCUCCUCCUGCUCCUCCCCCUGCUGACCCGCCUUCGACUGCUCGAGCUCAGCCUCACCCCGCUGGUCGGCCUGCCACCACCUCGGCCUCGCCCCACGCGCCUCUGCCUCUGCCGGCGGACUCCCCCUGGGCGCUGGGCAUGCGCGCCCGCGUGGGCGAGGGGCGCCUGCCCGCCCGCACACGCGCCAGAGUGCCACUGCGCCCCUCAUCGCGCUCCGCUGCCAUGGGAGCGGGCGGCGAUUCGGGCGGCAACUCGGGCAGUGUGGGCAGCACCAGACCCGCCGCCCUUGGCGCCCCCGCCAUCCUGCCUGCCUUUACACCCCAUGGUAUCUCACCGCAUACCAUCUCACCGCAUACCAUCACACUGCCCGUGGGUCCUGGCGAGGCGGAAGCAGCAGGGCAGUUGUUGUCGGGGCAGCGGUGGGAGCAGGCAGUGCGUGUGGGCGCCCUCCACACGGGCGCGCUGCAACACGGUGGGGGGGGUGGAGCACCUUCAGCAGCAGCAGCAGCAGGCGAGUCGCCAGUGUUGGAUGCAGCAGCAGUUACUGGCAGUGCGGUGGAAGGGGUGUUGAGAGGCGAAGGGGCAGUGGAGCAGGAUGUGUUUGGAGGGGAUGAGAGGACCACACACAGGAGGGAGGUUAGGGAGGGGAGGGUGGGGGGCGGGGCGGAGGAGAGGGGCAAUGGUACUGGUGAUGAGGCUGGGAGGGGUGAGGGCCAUGAGGAUGCGGAGGGCAGGGUGGGUGGCAGGGGGGAGGGCAACGGGGGGGGCAACGAGGGGGGCAGUGCGGAGAUGGCUGAAUCAGAUGGUAGCAGCGCUCCCCCGCGCGCACCCCAUGGCAGGUCAGCUGAUGGCAGGUCCUGGCACGGGCGGCCGUGGCGGGGUGAGGCAAGGCAGUUGCGGGGCAGGGAGGAGGAUGGCCGUGACAGGGCUGCUGCACGCAUGCGGGCGAGGGUGGCGAGCAGGGCUGGAUGGACGAGCAGGGGCAGGGGGGAGUGGGAGGCAGCGGUUGGCAGGAGUGAUGGGGUGAGGGACGGCGGGCAUCUGAUGGGUGUGGGUGGUGGGGGUGAGCGUGGCAGGGGAGUGGGUGGGGAGGGCCGUGGGCAUGGCAUGGAUGAGCAGAGCAGGCUGGAGGGUGUGGGGAUGGGUGUAGGCAGGCAGGGGAGUGACCGCACUGCUGCACUGCCUUUGCACCCCACACCUCCUGUGCCGGCCCGCCCACUGCCGUCUGAUGCCCUGCCCCCAGUGGGUGCUCAGCCCUUGCUGCUGCCGUCCUUUGCCGCCCAGCACAGAGUGCCGCAUGCCUGGCGCCCUGCUGGCCCUGGCAGGAGUGGUGGCGGCGAGGGUGGCCGGGGGAAUGGCGAGGAGGCAGGGGAGAGCGGAGAGGGUGGAGAGAUUGGGUUCUUGUUUCAAAGGGGGCGUGGGUUUGAAAGGGAUGGUGCCGCAGUAGAUGUGGCUGCUGGAGUUGCUGAUGGUGCUGGGAUGAGUGGGGAGGCCGGUGAGGGAAUGAACAGAAGCGAGGGAAUGAGCAAUGCCAAUGCUGUAGCCCAUGGUGCAGCCCAUGCUGUGAGUCGACCUCCUCACUAUGCUGUCCCAGCCACCGUGACCCAUGCCGCAGCCACAGACGCCCAUGCCAUGCCACCACAUGACGGCCUUGCCACAGCACCCCCGCAUGCCCGCCCUGCCGCAGCAGCACCACAUGACCCCUCGCCCUCAGCCCCGCCUGCCACGGCCGACCUGCCUCUCGCCCCGCACUGGAGCCCCCUCCUCCUGCCCUCCGCGCUCUCCCCCCCCGCACCUCCUCAGGCAGGCUGGCAGGUGCCGCGCAGCAGGGCGGUGGGGGGUAGACAGGGGGGGGAGGCAGGGGGGCUGGACGCGUGGAGGGAGCGGAGGAGGGGCAUGGGCGCGGGCGACGGGGGCGAGCGGAGGAGGUGGCGCGAGUGGGCGAGUGUGCGGGGGAUGGGUGGAGCAGGCACGGCAGGGGCUGCAGACGAGUCCAGUGGGGAGGUGGCAGGAGGGGCGGAGGAGAUGGGGGCUGCAUGGGUGGGGGCUGGGAGGCCAAUGGGAGGGCAGGGGCCAGUGGGAGGGGAGGGUGAGGGGAGACAAGGCGAGUCAGGUGAGCAAGCGGUUGAGUGGGAAGGGGUGCGAGUGCUGGGUUCCUUGGAUGAGCCGAUGAGUGAGGCAGCACGAGCAGCAGCUGAAGGACACACAGCACACGCAGCAGAUGCAGCAGAUGCAGCAGAUGCAGCAGGCGAGGAUACAGAAGCAGCAGAUGUCCACCCUGCCCUGGCCUCUGCUGCGCUCUCUGCUGCUCACCGCUCCGCAGCAGCAGCAGCAGCAGCAGCAUCAGCAGCAGCAGUGGCAGCAGCAGCAGCAGCAGCAGCAGCAGCCACCGAUACAACAGUAGGUAUAGCCAUCACGGAAGGAGCAGCAGCAGCAGCAGCAGCAGCAGGAGGCAGCACAGCAGCAGCACGAGGAGCGGCACAGGAGGAGGCGAGGGAGAGGCGGCGGCGGCUGCAGCGGCUGGUGGAGGAGCGCGUUCGGGUGGCCCGCCACGUUGUGGAGGCUCGGGCACACGCCGCCCAGCAGCUCGUGGAGGCUCGGGCGCAGCAGGAACGGGAAGCGGUGGAUCGGCGGGCACGGGAGGCUCGGGAAGCUCUGGAGCGGCGGCUGAGGGAGGCUCGGGAGGCAGUGGAGCGGCGAGCGAGGCAGGCGGUGGAGAGGGUGGUUGGGGAAACAGGGCUGGAGCCUGGAGCUCCUGAAGGCGGUCGUGGGGCUGCUAAUAACGAGGACGGGGAUGAGGAUGGUGGCUCUGCGCUGGCAAGUGUUGUGGCGGCUGUGGGGGAUGCUGUGAGGGAGGCGGUAGCUGCUGAAGGUGCAGGCAGGGCGCAGAGAGGGGCGUGGGUGGAGGCGGGGAGAGGGGAGACGGUGGAGGAGAGGCGCGCGCGGCUGCAGCAGCGGUUCUCAGCGCUCACCCGCCUCAUGCUGCGCGACCACGCUGCCACCCGCCCCGUGCUCCGGCGGGAAGGUCCUUCCGGUCCGCCGCUGAAAUCAUCUCCGACCGGCUGGCGGUGUGGCAGGCGUUGGAGGCGGGCAUGGGGGGGGUGGACGCCGCCUUCCACCGCAUCGCCCCCUUCCCCCGCCCCCCCCCUCGCGCGCAACUUCCCUCUCGCCUUCCGCCUCGCCGCCAUCGACCGCGACUUCAAUGAGUCGGACUACGAGAUGCUGCUGGCGCUGGACGACAUCUCAGCGCCCGUCGUGCGCCCCGGCGCCACGCCCGAUGAGAUCAACAGCCUGCCCACCGCCCUUGUCACGGCACAUGACAGCGAUCUGGACCCGUGUGCCAUCUGCAUUGAGGUGCCCUCCCCGCCUGAAGUCAUCCGCCGCCUACCCUGCUCCCAUGCCUUCCAUCGCGAUUGCAUUGAUGAGUGGUUGAGGCGCCGAGCAGUGUGCCCCAUCUGCAAGCGAGACACACGGGGCGCGGAGCAGUGA